UGUGAACACAAAAGGGAGCUGAUGAUUUCACUUCUCUUUUUCUUCUGUCUAAAAAUACACCAGCAGACGUGGUUUUGCUCUAUAUUUUGUAGGUGGUACUGGCAGAAGGAAAAGAGAGAGCCUUAUGUGAAAUUUAUGGAGGCAAAUUACCCACCUGGGUUCAGUUACGAAAAUUUUGGGCCACUGUUUACAGCAGAAUUCUUUGAUCCCAACCAGUGGGCAGAUAUUCUGAAGGCUUCAGGCGCAAAGUACGUUGUCUUGACUUCAAAACAUCAUGAAGGCUUUACUUUGUGGGAGUCCAAAUAUUCUUGGAACUGGAAUGCUGUUGAUGUGGGACCAAAACGAAAUCUUGUGGCUGAACUAGCAACAUCUGUUAGGAACAGGACUGACUUGCAUUUUGGGUUAUAUCAUUCCCUGUUUGAAUGGUUUCAUCCUCUCUUCCUUGAGGAUGCCACCAAUGGCUUUAAGACAAGAAAGUUUCCAACCAGUAAAUCGUUACCAGAACUCUAUGAAAUUGUGACCAUGUACCAGCCAGAAAUACUUUGGUCUGAUGGGGAUGGAAAUGCACCAGAUACUUACUGGAACAGCACUGGUUUCUUGGCUUGGCUGUAUAAUGACAGUCCAGUUCGGGACACAGUUGUGACCAACGACCGCUGGGGACGUGGCAGCAUCUGUACCCAUGGUGGUUUCUACACUUGCAGUGACCGGUACAACCCUGGGCACCUCCUGCCUCACAAGUGGGAGAACUGUAUGACCAUCGACAAGAAGUCGUGGGGGUACAGGAGGGACGCGCAGCUCGAUGACUACCUCACAAUCGAGGACUUGGUGAAGCAACUUGUAGAAACAGUGUCUUGUGGAGGAAAUCUCUUGAUGAAUAUCGGGCCCACUCAUGAUGGUCGCAUCGCUGUUGUAUUUGAGGAACGCCUGAGGCAGAUGGGGGCCUGGCUGAAAGUCAACGGAGAAGCCAUCUACGGAACGAAACCGUGGAGAGCCCAGAACGACACGAUUACGCCAGAAGUGUGGUACACAUUCAGCCCUAAAGAAGGCAAAGUCAAUGCUAUCUUCCUGAACUGGCCAGUCUCUGGGACUCUGCAACUCGGUGAGCCACAGGCUAAACUUGGAGAAACACAGGUGAAGCUGAUGGGCUACAAGGAACCGCUGAAAUGGGUUGCACUGGGAGAAAAGGGAAUGAUGAUAGCUCUACCUCAGUUAAGUCCUACGCAACUGCCAUGUCAGUGGGGCUGGACUUUGCAACUGGCUGACAUAAACUGA